AUGGGCUGGGUGCAAUAUUCCACUAAUUGCCAGCGGCAGAUAUCCAGCAGGUUUACUCGUUCAUCUCAAGCCACAUUGGAGCUGCUGGCGAUGGUGGAGACCUUGACCGAGGACUGUAUCACGCCGCGGGUCGAAGCAACCUCGGAGUUUAUCAACUUGCUUUACGACUUGUAUGAAAGCUUACCUGGAAGCGAUGUCGCGCUUAAGGAGCCAGUUUGUCGCCGUAUCGCCGUUUCGAGGGUAGAGGAAAAGUUUUUCAAGCAGUUGAUGCCCGUGAUGCAGAAGCAUGGUAGUCUCGCUAUAUGA